GCAGGGACAAAAGCAUUGAUUGAGAAAGACAGAGGUCCUUCUUUGUAGGAGACCAAUGAGGAAGGACAGCAACGGUUCCUUUUGUAUUAUGGACUUCUUACCAUGCAACUGGUUUUCCUUUUCUUUUUGUUGAGAACCCCUGCUAUUCCUCGUAUCAGGGGUCCCAACCGUUGAUAGAAAAGCACUAGCUAGGUGAAAGGUGGUGUUUCCGGCGGCGUGUUUGUUUUGGACGUAAACCUUUUGGCCGGAACCCAGAAAAUAUUGUGAGAAACAGGAGGAACGAUGUCUUCUCCUCAUAACUCUUCUCCCGAUAACUCCACACCGGAUAACUCAACACCCGAUAACAGUACACCUGAUGAUGCCGAUGGCUCUUCUUCGCCGCCAUCGCCUCCAUCACAAUCCCCACCUCAACAAUCCCCACCUCAACAAUCACAAUCACCCUCACCACCACCGCCAUCAGAGAACUCAACACCACCCCCUUCUCCUCCUCCACCGAGUUCAGGAAACAACCCAACCCCUCCAUCAUCCAAUGGGUCCCCACCUCCUCCUCCAGUAUCAGGCCAUUCUGACUCUGGUUCACCCUCGCCUCCACACAAAUCAUUGCCAACUCCCCCUUCCUCGGGAAACUCCAGUGACAACAAUGACAUUAGCAAUAAGGCAUUAGUUGGAGCAGUGCUUGGGGUAGGGGCCGUUCUUCUCAUUAUGGUAGUUGUUUGCGUUAUUUGCUCAAGGAAGAAGAAAAAAACCAAGCAAAUGUACUAUUAUGGAGAGCAUCCAUCUAUGGGAAAAGGGAGUAACUAUUACAACAGUGGGCCACACCCUUACAACAGUGGGCAGCAUCCUUACAACAGUGGGCAGCACCCUAAUUACUAUGGAGGUCCUCAUGGGGAUCAUGUUGUGAGGGUACAAAAUGGAAUGGGUCCACCAAACGGUGGUGGAUGGGGAGCUCCGCCACCUCCUCCAAUGAUGAACAGUACCGACAUGAGCUCGAAUUACUCAGGAGGACCACCCGCUCUGCCUCCUCCCUCGCCAAGCCUUGCAUUAGGCCUCAAAGGGGGCACCUUCAGUUAUGAGGAAUUGGCAGCCGCCACCAAUAAUUUCAAUGAUGCCAAUUUGAUAGGACAAGGUGGCUUCGGUUAUGUCCAUAAGGGUGUGUUGCCUAAUGGUAAGGAAGUGGCAGUUAAGAGCUUGAAAUCAGGAAGUGGGCAAGGAGAGCGCGAGUUCCAAGCUGAGAUUGAUAUCAUUAGCCGUGUUCAUCAUCGCCAUCUUGUGUCACUUGUUGGGUACUGCAUUUCUGGUGGGCAGAGAAUGUUGGUCUAUGAGUUUAUCUCCAAUAACACUUUGGAAUUCCACCUUCAUGGAAAAGGUAACCCUACCAUGGAUUGGCCUAGUAGAAUGCGGAUUGCAAUAGGAUCUGCUAAAGGGCUUGCCUAUCUUCAUGAGGACUGUCAUCCUCGCAUAAUCCAUCGUGAUAUCAAAGCUGCGAAUGUCCUUAUCGAUGACAGCUUCGAAGCAAAGGUUGCUGAUUUUGGAUUGGCUAAGUUGACUACUGAUAACAAUACUCAUGUAUCAACUCGUGUCAUGGGAACUUUCGGGUACCUUGCCCCUGAAUAUGCAUCAAGUGGAAAAUUGACAGAGAAAUCUGAUGUUUUCUCAUUUGGGGUCAUGCUAUUGGAACUCAUUACUGGGAGGCGACCUGUGGAUGCCUCAAGUGCCAUGGACGACAGUUUAGUGGACUGGGCUCGUCCACUAUUGAAUCGUGGAUUGGAGGAAGAUGGCGACUUUGGAGAGUUGGUGGAUCCAUUUUUGGAGGGAAACUAUAAUCCUCAAGAACUGAAAAGGAUGGCAGCUUGCGCUGCUUCUAGCAUCCGCCAUUCGGCCAAGAAGCGUUCUAAAAUGAGCCAGAUUGUAAGAACAUUGGAAGGAGAUGUCUCACUAGACGACUUGAAGGAGGGGAUUAGGCCCAGCGCUGUUCCCGCGGCUUCUGUGAGCUCAGAGUAUGACACAAUGCAAUACAAUGCCGAUAUGCAAAAGUUCAGAAAGGCAGUGUUCAGCAACAGCACGGAAUUCGGCACUAGCAGCUGCUCCAGUGGUGAGCAGAAAUAGCCUUAAGAUGUUCAUCUAAAGAGGUUGGCUAGUGAUUCUGCAUUGCUUAUCACACAUGUGAAAGAAAUUUUAAGGGGUUGGGCAAAAAUUCAAGAGGGUUGCUUCUAUUAAUUUUAUUCAUUGUUUUGUUGGUAUAUGUUGGGGAAGUGAGACCUCAUGCUGUGGAGAUCAUUGAGCUUGAAGCUUUCGUUUCGGGUGUGUUUGAGGCGCUAAGCUUACAUUGUCAAUAUCAAUCUGACCUGAAAUUUUUUGUUCACUGUUUUACAUUCUGUAAUAUGGUUAUUGUGUACUUAAUUUGGGAUAUAUAGCCAUGCCUUCAAAUGAAAUCAUCGACAUAACUAUUAUUCGUAUUA